AUGGGGCAGCCGCGCGUGGAGGGAGGCAGGAGCCCGCUCCCCACGUCCCCUCCGCCUCCGCCUCUCCCUCCCUCCAUCCUGCCUGUUCCUCCCUCCGCCCCUCUUCUCUCCCCCCCCGGCCUGACCCUUUGGCGCCAAGAGUUUUCGCUGCACACCGGCCCGCGGACCCCGUCGCGAGCGAACCGGCCGAGGUGUGCGGGAGGCGCGCGCGCCCGCAAGAGCGCAGAUGUGGCCCCAGCGUGGCGCCCUGGCCGCCGCCGCGGCGGCCCUCGCCGCGCGGGCCGCCGGUCAGGAGGCGGCGGCGGCCGCGGGGUGCCCGGUGGCGCUGGCCGUGGGCGGGCUGGAGGAUCGAAGAAUGUGAGCAUCAUCCCGACUGGCUGGGGGACGGACAUGCAGCGGCAAGUGGACGCGCGCGGCGCGCCCGACGCCGCCCAGAACGGCGCGGUCGCGCCCCACCUGGGCUUCCGGGGCUACUUCGCCGAGUCGUGCGCCACCCCCGGCGUCUACAGCCGGGAGGCCUACCUGGGCCUCGGCCUGCUGGGCAAGACGCUGAGGUACAGCGUGGACCUCAGCGGCGCAGGCUGUGGGUGCAACGUGGCGCUCUCCCUCGCGUCCAUGCGGCAGAACGAGGAGGCGGGCGCCUGCGCCGACUACUUCUGCGACUCCAGCCUCACCUGUGGCACGCCCUGCACCGAAGUGAACAUCCAGGAGGCCAACCAGUACGCCUGGCGCUCCACUCUCCACACCGCCACAGAUCCUUCUGGCGCGACAGCUGGCUUUGGCGGAGAGAGCACGUUCGAUGGUCCGCGCGAUUUCUCGAGCAGCGACUAUGGACCGAAUGGCAGGUGCAUCGACACGUCUCAACCCUUCCAGGUGUCAGCGUCCUUCCCGAUCAACAGCCAAGGCAAAUUGCAGUCAAUGUCUGUCACUCUGUCGCAGCCUGGUCACGAGUGCAACCUUGAUAUGCUCGUCGGCGAGUAUUCUGGAAUGCUGAGCGUGGGCGCAGCUCUGGCAGCUGGAAUGACCCCCGUCAUCAAUUACUGGGCCAGCGACGACAUGACAUGGCUGGACGGCGUUGGGUCUGACGGCCAAGGCCCCUGCGCUGUGGACGAGCCGAGUGCCUGUGCUGCUUCUGUGGUCUUCAGCGACUUCAGUAUCAGCCCCAUGGGUCAGCGCGUGGACCCGGUCGCGGCGGUGACCUCGGACUUGUCGUUUGAUUGCACGACAGGCUACCCCGAGAGCACUGGCGAUUGGUCCCAAGAGCAGUUGGAGUGGUGCUGCCGCAACGAGCACAAGGGCUGCGCGCUAAUAUUGGUGCCGCGCGCCGGCGCCGCCGAGGCCCGCGGGGAGGCCGGCGGCGUGGAGGUCAGGGGCGUCCUGGCGCAGGAGCCUCAACGCCUGCUGGAGCAGCCGGCCCCGAUGGCCGUCCCCGAGCAGCCCACCUCGGAGAUCUCGAAGCCGUUUGAUUGCAUGGCUGGCUACCCCGAGUGGGUCGACGGUUGGUCCCAGGAGCAGUUGACGUGGUGUUGCCACAACGAGCACAAGGGAUGUGCAGCUCUGGUGCACGAGGUCGCGGAGACCCCGACGGAGCCCCCCGCCGCUAUCGCGGCGAGCACGGCCGCGCCCCCCACGAUCGCCGCGGCCACGACCGCGGGCACGACCGCCGAGCCCCCCGCCACCACGGCGAGCACGACCGCGGAGCCCCCCGCCACCACGGCGAGCACGGCUGCUCCUGGCACGUCCGCCACGGCCACGGCGGGCACGACCGCGGAGCCACCUGCCACCACGGCGUCUGGCGGGGCCCAGGCUCCCGCCCCGGCGCCGCCCUCGGUCAGCUCGUUGGUGGGCGAGCUCAAUUGCGCUCCCGACUACCCCACCCAUCUGACAGGCGACAACGACCCGGGGCGCCGGUCGGCCUGCCUGUUGGGCAACAACAAGAAAGACGGCUUCGGGUACUGGUACAACGCCGGCCGUGGCACGAGCAGCGCAACUUGCAAGGGCGAUUGUUGGUGCUGCCACCGCGACCUGAGGAAAGUCCCCGAGAAGCGUGCCUGGGCGCUCGAGACAACGGGCGCUUCCUGCAAGAAUUGGAAACAAAUCCAGAUGUUUCGGACUACGACGGUCGACGACCCGACCGUCUGCGGCCAGCUGUGCCAGGCGCACCAAGGGUGCGUGGAGUUCGCCUACCUGUCGAACGACACCUGCUCGGAAGUUGGCGUGACGAAAAAGGGGUCUUGCAUGCUGUUUUUCGGGGCGUGCGACAGGAAGCCCAGCUCCUGUUGGGACCUCUACUCCAUGCACGAGGCGAGCGGUAGCGAGGUGGAGCAACCGCUCCCUAAACUCAAACAGUCCGCCGUUACAACGACCCGGACACGGACCUCAACGACCACGUCGACCCGAACACGGACUACAACCGAGGGAGCAGCGCGAAAUUUGAUAGUGGGCGUGUCCGACCCCAUGAUGUUGCCUCACACAGCGGUAGACGAGAACCUCCACUCUCUGGCUGGGCAGCUUGCUUGUGCGACCCCCCCUGCGGGUUACCCGGGGGACGAUGCCCGUGCCCAAUGUUUGCGUGCGAAUUUGUUGAAGGACGGGCACAACUACGUGCACAACAGUGCGAGGGGAACUGGAACUUCCUGCGGAGAUUGCGACUGCUGCAGGAGGGACACGACAGCAGUGCCGAAGACAAAGUCCUACAUGUUGAAGGCCGAUGGCACCUCGUGCAAGAACUGGGCCCAGAUCAAGAUGUUUCGAUCAGUUGAAGUGAACCAUUCCUCAGUAUGUGGCAAGUUAUGUGCCUCCAACAGGGGUUGCGUCCAGUUUGCCUACCUAGGGGCGGACUCAUGCUCAGAGGCUGGCAUAUCCAAGAAGGGGUCGUGCAUGUUGUUCGCUGGUGAUUGCGAGGUGCAGAACAGUUCUUGCUGGUCCCUCUACGCGAUGCAGACGAAGGAGCCAAACUGGCAGCCGCUUCUGGAUGCUGCCUCGGAAUCCACGGGCCUGCACCAGCAGCGCCAGACGGCACUGCGGGCAGCGUCGCGGUCUGGCGCAGGGCCCAGCCAUUGGCUCGUCGUCGCGGCCUGCCCGCUGCUGGCGGCCCUCGCGGGCGCGGCGGUGGUGGCCGUCCGCAUCGCCAAGGGCCGGCAGGCGAGCCCGGGCAGGGCAGCGCCCAGCGCCCUGGGCUUCCUGGACCUCCACGGCUGCUGCAGCCCGCAGUCCAGGGCGCAGCUGCUGGCCAUGUCCCCCGAGAGGCCGCUGCGAGGGCGGGGCCCAGCUGGCGCCUUCGAGGAGUGA